UAAGGAAAUAUACAGGGUGACGUCGGGAACACCCUGAAACGCUGUCAUCGGAUGACAUAAAACAGCACUAUAUCAGGUGGACCCUGUAAUCAUCCAUUAUUCAUACGUUUUCACUGCUGCGCACCAACGUGCAGGUACGUCUGUCAAGACAACGAGCUAUGAUUUGGACGAUACUUUUGAUUGUCCAGGGCAUCCUUCUCUUAUUCAUACUUGUUUUGAAACGCUCCAGGUGAGUACACUUUUCUAAAAUUAGUGUUUUAUUCGAGUUAAUUCCUACGCUUUUAAUGCAUACAUUGAACAUAGCAUGCAUGCUUUCUGUAUAAUACUGUAUUGUAGCCUUUUCAAACUUGUUUUCACCUGUGCACAUAUUUGCGUAGCCUACUUAUUAAUAUAUGUAUUGCCUACCCAGCAUAAACUAACCCAGCAUAAAGUUGUAUUUACCAUAAACCUAAAAUAAUCUAAAUAGAUCUUGAUAAUAUCAUAGUUGUAUUGAGCGAUAUAUAAAUGAGCUGUCGCCUGUCAAUCAUUUUUGAGAGGCACAAUUUAGAUAAUUCUGAGUUUAACCAAAAACCAAGGGAUUUACUAUAAGAACUAAACAACAUUACUUAAUCUGUUAGUUUAGUGGCCUGUUCUAUAACCAUUUACCCUCCCACUCAACGCUGUGUUUGGAAUGUGGUUAAACAGCCAGACUUCUAAACUUCUGUCGAUUUAAGGACUAUUUCCACUGGCCAGUUAAAUGUAAACUUGCGUGUCUCAAAGAUCUUGUGUCAAAGGUUUAUGAAGGCACAUCUGUUUUCAUCCUUGUUGCUGUAUCCUUGGUUGUGAAGAAUUGAUGGGCUCUUUCUAUUCUAAAUGUUAUUGGGAGAGCUUUAAAACUUCCUGGAAAAGCUGUAUAUAUUUUACUCACAGCUGUGUCACACAAUGUACUGAUAUGAGCCAAGCAUGUAAAUAUUGAAUCAAUUGAUUUUCGGUACAGUUACUAUAUUAAAAGACAAAAUAUGUGCAAUCAGUAAUUUUGGUAUGAACAAAUAUAGGUGUGAAUAUUAGCUUUUCAAAAUUAAUUGCAUUCUGUUCUUUUCUAUACAGGUCAGAGAAAGAGCCACCUUUAGACAAAGGAGUUAUUCCAUGGUUAGGCCAUGCCCUUGAGUUUGGAAGAGAUGCUGCCAUGUUCCUAACCCGUAUGAAGGUGAAGCAUGGCGAUAUCUUCACGGUAAGAAUGGCAAUAUCCUCCUGAGACCCAGCAAUAAUUUUUUGUCCUCUAGUGGACACCAGUUCUUGGUCCAUAUCUCUAAGGCCAUACAAACCACAGUAUUAAGUCCUUUGAGAGGACAUUCUGGGCUUUUCAAUGAUAUCACGUGUGAGGGUGUGACCUUGACAACUUUAUCUUCCAGGUUCUUUAAAAAAAUGAAAUUUGAAAAGAAAUGUGUAAUUAUUAAUGAUUAUUUUUGCGAGUUUGAUAUUCAAAUUGUUUUCUAGUAAGUGAAUAUCUCAGGAAUAGUUAAGUGAGUUGUCAGGACUGUGUAAUAUAUUUUUUUGACAUUUAAAUAAGAGCUAAAUAAGAGCUUAUCAAGAAAUGUCCUCUGUAGUGGACAACCGGAUGCCGCAACUAUAUAAAAUAAAUAACAAUAUAAAAAAUAAUCUUGGUAGCAUGUUUUCUUUUCACCCCAAACACUUUUUUUCGGGUCUCAGGAGGAUAUAAACACUAUCCUCAAUAUCAUCUACAGUGAGGGAAAAAAGUAUUUGAUCCCCUGCUGAUUUUGUACGUUUGCCCACUGACAAAGAAAUGAUCAGUCUAUAAUUUUAAUGGUAGGUUUACUUGAACAGUGAGAGACAGAAUAACAACAAAAAAAUCCUGAAAAACGCAUGUCAAAAAUGUUAUAUUGAUUUGCAUUUUAAUGAAGGAAAUAAGUAUUUGACCCCUCUGCAAAACCCUUGUUGACAAUCACAGAGGUCAGAUGUUUCUAGUAGUUGGCCACCAGGUUUGCAGACAUCUCAGGAGGGAUUUUGUCCCACUCCUCUUUGCAGAUCUUCUCCAAGUCAUUAAGGUUUCGAGGCUGACGUUUGGCAACUCUAACCUUCAGCUCCCUCCACAGAUUUUCUAUGGGAUUAAGGUCUGGUGACUGGCUAGGCCACUCCAGGACCUUAAUGUGCUUCUUCUUGAACCACUCCUUUGUUGCCUUGGCCGUGUGUUUUGGGUCAUUGUCAUGCUGGAAUACCCAUCCACAACCCAUUUUCAAUGCCCUGGCUGAGGGAAGGAGGUUCUCACCCAAGAUUUGACGGUAGAUGGCCCCGUCCAUCGUUGUCCUGUCUCCUUAGCAGAAAAACACCCCCAAAGCAUAAUGUUUCCACCUCCAUGUUUGACGGUGAGGAUGGUGUUCUUGGGGUCAUAGGCAGCAUUCCUCCUCCUCCAAACACGGCGAGUUGUGUUGAUGCCAAAGACCUUGAUUUUGGUCUCAUCUGACCACAACACUUUCACCCAGUUAUCCUCUGAAUCAUUCAGAUGUUCAUUGGCAAACUUCAGAUGGGCCUGUAUAUGUGCUUUCUUGAGCAGGGGGACCUUGCGGGCGCUGCAGGAUUUCAGUCCUUCAUGGCGUAGUGUGUUACCAAUUGUUUUCUUGGUGAUUAUGGUCCCAGCUGCCUUGAGAUCAUUGACAAGAUCCUCCCGUGUAGUUCUGGGCUGAUUCCUCACCGUUCUCAUGAUCAUUGCAACUCCACGAGGUGAGAUUUUGCAUGGAGCCCCAGGCAGAGGGAGAUUGACAGUUAUUUUGUGUUUCUUCCAUUUUCGAAUAAUCGCACCAACUGUUGUCACCUUCUCACCAAGCUGCUUGGCGAUGGUCUUGUAGCCCAUUCCAGCCUUGUGUAGGUCUACAAUCUUGUCCCUGACAUCCUUGGAGAGCUCUUUGGUCUUGGCCAUGGUGGAGAGUUUGGAAUCUGAUUGAUUGCUUCUGUCGACAGGUGUCUUUUAUACAGGUAACAAGCUAAGAUUAGGAGCACUCCCUUUAAGAGUGUCAAAUACUUAUUUCCCUCAUUAAAAUGCAAAUCAAUUUGUAAAAUUUUUUACAUGCGUUUUUCUGGAUUUUUUUGUUGUUAUUCUGUCUCUCACUGUUCAAAUAAACCUACCAUUAAAAUUAUAGACUGAUCAUUUCUUUGUCAGUGGGCAAACAUACAAAAUCAGCAGGGGAUCAAAUACUUUUUUCCCUCACUGUAUGUAAAUGUACCUUAACCUGAUCAUCUUUACCUGCCUGUUCUUGCCUUAAUUCUCGAAUACAUCUACAGUGGAUUCAAUUCUUCACCAUUCAGGGUGAGUGUUGGUGUGUCAUCCUGAUUAAUUCUGUGUAUUUCUCUCUCUCUGUGUGUGUGUGUGUGUGUGUGUAGGUGCGUGUGGCUGGACGUUAUGUGACAGUGCUGCUGGACCCCAGCUCUUAUGAUGCUGUGAUAGAGGACUCUGUGUCACUUGACUUCACACGCUACGCGCAGGUUCUCAUGGACAGGAUCUUUAGCCUGCGGCUCCCCCAUCACAACCCUGCUGUAGAGAAGGCCAUGAUGAAACAGUACGUCCCUAUCCUUAUCCCUAUUACAGUGUCACACACUCUUUUAUGUGGGCCAGCCCAAAAACAGCUCUACAUGCCCAUCGAUACGGUCAGAGAGUUACAAAUUACUUUUUUUUUUUAAGACAAUUGAGGACAGCAUUAUCCAGCCAAUAACUGGAUCCUUACACAGGCAUAAUACACAACUCUGUGUGAUGUUGCUGCCUGGCUCCACCGUAGUCUAAAUCAACAUGUUUCCCUCCCUGAGACAGAGAGGUGUCUGGGACCAGGGAUUACUACAUCGACCAUCACAGAUAUCCCUACCAUCUGCAUAAGAUGGUGAGCAAGAUCGCGCUGACAGACAUGGUCACUGUGUUCCUAGCUCCUAGACAACUUUUCUUGUUGGGUAUUAUUGCGCUGUUGGAGCUAGGAACAUAAGCAUUUCGCUACACCCGUGAUAACAUCUGCAAAAUAUGUGUAUGCCAGGUGGAGGCUCCUCAGAGGAGGAAGGGGAGGACCAUCUGCCUCAGUGAAAUAUUAAAAGUUAUCCUUUUUAAAAAAAAUGAUACUAAAUAUAUUCACGUCACCAAAUUAAAAGGACAUUUCUAAAACACAAUGUUUUGCAAUGAAGGUCUACAGUAGCCUCAGCAGCACUCUGUAGGGUAUCAUCAUGGUGUAGCCGGAGGACAGCUAGCUUCUGUCCUUCUCUGGGUACAUUGACUUCAAUAAAAAACCUAGGAGGUUCAUGGUUCUCACCCCCUUCCAUAGACUUACACAGUAAUUAUGACAACUUCCGGAGGACGUCCUCCAACCUAUCAGAGCUCUUGCGGCAUGAACUGACAUGUUAUCCACCCAGCUACAGCUAACUAGCACUGCAGUGCAUAAAAUGUGGUGAGUAGUUGACUCAAAGAGAGAUAAAGACAAUAGUUGAAAAGUUUUGAACAAAUGAAUUUCUUCCGAGAGCGAGAGAGAGAGAGAGCGCUAGCUAGCUAUAUUUGGUUGUAUUUUUUUUUUUACUUUCACUUAUCUAGCGAAUGCAGCUAGCUAGUUUAGCCUACUCAAACACUCGGCUCAAACAGAGAGGGAUGCUAUGUUAGCUAGCUCGCUUUUGGUUUGAUUAAUUUAUUGCCACCAGGGCCCACCGGUGUAACUGCUAAACUGCUUUCUGACUUUACGCUGUAGUGCAUGAUUGUAGUAGGUAUGUUGACUAUGACGUGACAACGAUGUGUGUGUAGCGGUUAGUGGUCAUGAUAUGAAGGUUUGGCUUGGAAAGGUUUUUUCGCCUGGUCACAGACAGCCGAUGUGUUGUGCACUGAAGUCCACAAGCGAAGGUAAAAGGUGAGAGGAGGAGAGCGCAUAGAUAGUUGUGAGAAGCAAUUAUAUAUACAAUGAGCAAAGCGAUCAUGCUGUUUUUAUGUGGCUGCUAUGAAAGUUAACUGUGUUUGCGUGUGAUCAGGGGUGCAUUCAUUCCGCCAAUUCUGUUGUAAUUGUUUCUUAAACGGAAGCAAACGGAACAAAACGAGGAUAAAUAUAUCUACAUUUAUAGUCAUCUUGACUACAAAAAAUUAUCUUGACCUGUGCAUCUACGUUGUAAACUCAUUUAUAGGUUGUAGCAGCCUCAUGAUGGGUACAGGGAACAUUUGAGUACCGAAACGUAUCGAUGUUACAUUGAGCUGGGUGAAUGGAAUAUGAAUGACAGUCAUCCAAUAUGCUGUAAUAGAAAUAAGGCCAUGCUGAUAAAAAAGUUUGAGGAGGAGGCUUGAAGCACUGGGCAUCUUGUUUUGACAUGCAUUAUCUGAAUUAGGUCCACAUAAUUAUACAUACACUACCGUUCAAAAGUUUGGGGUCACUUAGAAAUGUCCUUGUUUUCGAAAGAAAGGCAAUUUCUUUGUCCAUUAAAAUAAUAUCAAAUUGAUCAGAAAUACAGUGUAGACAUUGUUAAUGUUGUGAAUGGCUAUUGUAGCUGUAAAUGGCAGAUUUUUUAUGCAAUAUCUACAUAGGGGUACAGAGGUCCAUUAUCAGCAACCAUCAGUCCUGUGUUCCAAUGGCACGUUGUGUUUGCUAAUCCAAGUUUAUCAUUUUAAAAGGCUAAUUGAUCAUUAGAAAACCCUUUUGCAACUAUGUUAGCACAGCUGAAAACUGUUGUGCUGAUUAAAGAAGCAAUAAAACUGGCCUUCCUGAGACUAGUUGACUAUCUGGAGCAUCAGCAAUUGUGGGUUCGAUUACAGGCUCAAAAUGGCCAGAAACAAAUAACUUUCUUCUGAAACUCAUCAGUCUAUUCUUGUUCUGAGAAAUUAAGGCUAUUCCAUGCAAGAAAUUGCCAAGAAACUGAAGAUGUCAUACAACACUGUGUACUACUCCCUUCACAGAACAGCGCAAACUGGCUCUAACCAGAAUAGAAAGAGGAGUGGGAGGCCCCGGUGCACAACUGAGCAAGAGGACAUAUACAAUAGUGUCUAGUUUGAGAAACAGACGCCUCAGAGGUCCUCAACUGGCAGCUUCAUUAAAUAGUACCCACAAAACACCAGUCUCAACAUCAACAGUGAAGAGGCGACUCUGGGAUGCUGACCUUCUAGGCAGAGUUGCAAAGAAAAAGCCAUAUCUCAGACUAGCCAAUAAAAAAAAGAUUAAGAUGGGCAAAAGAACACAGACACUGGACAGAGGAAGAUUGGGAAAAAGUGUUAUGGACAGACGAAUCGAAGUUUGAGGUGUUCGGAUCACAAAGAAAACAUUUGUGAGACGCAGACCAAAUGAAAAGAUGCUGGAGGAGUGCUUGAUGCUAUCUGUCAAGCAUGGUGGAGGCAAUGUGAUGGUCUGGGGAUGCUUUGGUGGUGGUAAAGUGGGAGAUUUGUACAGGGUAAAAGGGAUCUUGAAGAAGGAAGGCUAUCACUCCAUUUUGCAAUGUCAUGCCAUACCCUGUCGACAUCGCUUAAUUGGAGCCAAUUUCCUCCUACAACAGGACAAUGAGCCAAAGCACAGCUCCAAACUAUGCAAGAACUAUUUAGGGAAGAAGCAGUCAACUGGUAUUCUGUCUAUAAUGGAGUGGCCAGCACAGUCACCGGAUCUCAACCCUAUUGAGCUGUUGUGGGAGCAGCUUGACCGUAUGGUACAGUGAGGGAAAAAAGUAUUUGAUCCCCUGCUGAUUUUGUACGUUUGCCCACUGACAAAGAAAUGAUCAGUCUAUAAUUUUAAUGGUAGGUUUAUUUGAACAGGGAGAGACAGAAUAACAACAAAAAAAUCCAGAAAAACGCAUGUAAAAAUUUUAUAAAUUGAUUUGCAUUUUAAUGAGGGAAAUAAGUAUUUGACCCCCUCUCAAUCAGAAAGAUUUCUGGCUCCCAGGUGUCUUUUAUACAGGUAACGAGCUGAGAUUAGGAGCGUGUGCUCCUAAUCUCAGCUUGUUACCUGUAUAAAAGACACCUGUCCACAGAAGCAAUCAAUCAAUCAGAUUCCAAACUCUCCACCAUGGCCAAGACCAAAGAGCUCUCCAAGGAUGUCAAGGACAAGAUUGUAGACCUACACAAGGCUGGAAUGGGCUACAAGACCAUCGCCGAGCAGCUUGGUGAGAAGGUGACAACAGUUGGUGCGAUUAUUUGCAAAUGGAAGAAACACUAAAUAACUGUCAAUCUCCCUCUGCCUGGGGCUCCAUGCAAGAUCUCACCUCGUGGAGUUGCAAUGAUUAUGAGAACGGUGAGGAAUCAGCCCAGAACUACACGGGAGGAUCUUGUCAAUGAUCUCAAGGCAGCUGGGACCAUAGUCACCAAGAAAACAAUUGGUAACACACUACGCCGUGAAGGACUGAAAUCCUGCAGCGCCCGCAAGGUCCCCCUGCUCAAGAAAGCACAUAUACAUGCCUGUCUGAAGUUUGCCAAUGAACAUCUGAAUGACUCAGAGGAUAACUGGGUGAAAGUGUUGUGGUCAGAUGAGACCAAAAUCGAGGUCUUUGGCAUCAACUCAACUCGCCGUGUUUGGAGGAGGAGGAACGCUGCCUAUGACCCCAAGAACACCAUCCUCACCGUCAAACAUGGAGGUGGAAAAAUUAUGCUUUGGGGGUGAUUUUCUGCUAAGGGGACAGGACAACUUCACCGCAUCAAAGGGACGAUGGACGGGGCCAUUUACCGUCAAAUCUUGGGUGAGAACCUCCUUCCCUCAGUCAGGGCAUUGAAAAUGGGUUGUGGAUGGGUAUUCCAGCAUGACAAUGACCCAAAACACACAGCCAAGGCAACAAAGGAGUGGCUCAAGAAGAAGCACAUUAAGAUCCUGGAGUGGCCUAGCCAGUCUCCAGACCUUAAUCCCAUAGAAAAUCUGUGGAGGGAGCUGAAGGUUCGAGUUGCCAAACGUCAGCCUCAAAACCUUAAUGACUUGGAGAAGAUCUGCAAAGAGGAGUGGGACAAAAUCCCUCCUGAGAUGUGUGCAAACCUGGUGGCCAACUACAAGAAACGUCUGACCUCUGUGAUUGCCAACAAGGGUUUUGCCACCAAGUACUAAGUCAUGUUUUGCAGAGGGGUCAAAUACUUUUUUCCCUCAUUAAAAUGCAAAUCAAUUCAUAACAUUUCUGACAUGCGUUUUUCAGGAUUUUUUUGUUGUUAUUCUGUCUCUCACUGUUCAAAUAAACCUACCAUUAAAAUUAUAGACUGAUCAUGUCUUUGUCAGUGGGCAAACGUGCAAAAUCAGCAGGGGAUCAAAUACUUUUUUCCCUCACUGUAUGUAAGAAGUGCCCAUCAAGCCAAUCCAACUUGUGGGAGGUGCUUCAGGAAGCAUGCGGUGAAAUCUCUUCAGAUUACCUCAACAAAUUGACAACUAGAAUGCCAAAGGUCUGCAAGGCUGUAAUUGCUGCAAAUGGAGGAUUAUUUGAUGAAAGCUAAGUUUGAAGGACACAAUUAUUAUUUCUAUUAAAAAUCAUUAUUUCUAACCUUGUCAAUGACUACAUUUCCUAUGCAUUUUGCUAUAUUUCCUAUUCAAACUAAUUUCAUGUGAUUUCAACAUUUCUAAGUGACCCCAAACUUUUGAACGGUAGUGUAGGAGGAGCGGCUUCUAUGGAGGAACUUUGAAAGUCCUUUGAGCUAGCUAGCUAACAAGCUUGAGCUAGCUAUCAAGCUUGUGUGCAGAGCGGCACCAGAAUAAAAAAUACGUCUUACCUUUUUGUAGUUUUGUAAUCUUGCAGACAGAUACUGGAAUACGUUUCUGAGUGACAGAGGGAUGACUUUGCAUAGGCGUUUUGUUAUGGGACUAUAAAAAAAUGCCUGGAACGUAAAAUAACGUUAUUAACCGGUUCCCAUGCUUUUAAAAUAACGGUUCUGUUCCGGAACUGUAUGGAUCACUUUUGUUCCAGGUUCCAUUUCUGUUCCUUGAAAAAAAAGUCUUUAUUUUCCUGUUUUCUUUUCUUUUCUGUUCCCUGAACCAGUUCCAACCCCUGGUGCAUACCACACAUGCACUCACCUCACACCAUGCUGUUGCUGGGCACUGUUGUGGAACUACCUCAGUCUAUCUCAGCCAUAUCGUCAUUGUGUAGUGCUUUUUUUCUGGCUAUACAGUGCAUAGACCACUGGCUCUGUGUAGUGGAUUUUGAAUCCACAGUAUCAGCAUUUUGUACCCUGCCACACAGGUUUACUACAGACAUAGGAUAGUGCUUCUUAAUGCUAAUACCAUAGGUGUUUUAUGGUGUUUUUCCACAUUGACAUUAUUUAGAUAGGAGUGAAUUACAGGUUUGGUCUUGAUGACAUAGAUGACGAACGUUCCUCUUUCUUGACCUUAGUCUCUUGACUUAAACCUUUGUGUCCUCAGGCACUUUGAGGGGGAGAGCCUGUCCUGCCUGAGCAGCACCAUGCACUGCCAUCUCCAGUCCCUGCUGCUGCAAGCCCAGAGGCCCUGUCACAACCAGACCGACUGGAACACGGACGGGCUCUUCAGCUUCUGUUACAGUCUUCUCUUCAGGUAUGUUUGGAGGAGUUCCAAUUGUCGUGGAAAUUACCACUAAGGAUUUAAAGUUAAAUGAACAGAUCUUUAUUAUCAAGGCCGGAGAGGUUACAACAAACAGAAUAUUCUAAGUACAAGUCUGUCAGAAGCUCUGAAGUGAUGUUCUCCCUUCAGCACUCUUUAUACUCAUGCACAAACUAGGCAUCUCUGCUCUCAGAGGGCAAUAAGCUGAUCAUGACCUUGCACACACAGUGUCUAGACGUUGGGCCAAAGUAACAAUGUGUUCCCUUCUUUCUGUUCUUCUUCUAUCAGUCCCUUCCCUGAGAGCAGUCACAUAACAUCCUAACACAAUAAUCAGGACUCAACACGCUACAUGCAUUUGCAGAGACACAGAGGACACAGAAAAUGUCCACUACACCAUAUGUGAUAACAAAAAUGUAUUUUACUUCUUAACAUACAUUCAGUCUAUCAUCAGGAGUGCAUUGAGUAAAUACUUCAUAUUUGAUCAUUUUUCCGUUACCCUUUACAUUAUAAGGUUGCUGUCGUUUAACAACCUAACUUAAAACCUUCAGGUAUUUUAUCAAACAUGGAUACUAAGUAAUUCUUGUAUAUUAUUUACAUUUUACAUUUUAGUCAUUUAGCAGACACUCUUAUCCAGAGCGACUUACAGUUAGUGAGUGCAUACAUUUUUUUCCUUAUUUUUUUUCAUACUGGCCCCCGUGGGAAUCGAACCCACAACCCUGCCGUUGCAAGCGCCAUGCUCUACCAACUGAGCUACACAGGGCCCAUCAUCCAUUAUAGGGGGAAAGGGGAGUUCAUGGAGAGACAGCACGUUAUCAGUAUCACCUUCUUUAGUAGCAUUGAACAUGAUAGUUGCUGAGACUCGAGUUGCCAGGGAAGUACAAAUGGCCUUACAACAAGAAAGCAAAAAUGAUCAAACACAUUAAACAAAAUAUUCCAGCUAUCACUCACGGAACUAUCUGGGAGCCCCAAGCUCCAAAGAGGCCUUUCAGCCAACCAGGAAACACCAACUCUGAUUUCCUGGAAUGAGACUUUGCAACCGUGGCAAUGUAGUUAGCCAGAUCUGUCACAUUUGAUGACACAUCUGGGACAAAAGUGCAGCAUUUGUCGCCAAUGAGUGCAGAAGUACCCCCUUGACCAGCCAAUAAGUAGUCAAGUGCCUCUCUGUUUUGCAGGGAGUCCUUUCACUUCCUCAUUCAGAACAACCAAGGCAUCUCUAGUAGGGCUCUGGCGGUCACGAAAUUUCAUCAGCUGGUGAUUGUCAAGCAAAUAACUGUUGGUCUCACGGUAAUUGACCAUUAAUUAACAUAAACACAUUUAGUAUCUCCUGGCUUCCACACAUAGCCUACAAGCCACUGAUGCAGACCUUUGGAAUAUCUAUAUUUUAGAAAGUCUAAUAAAUCCAUUUAAUAUAGCCUACAACUUCACAAUAAAUCCAUUAUUUAUUUUAGACAGGUCUAAAGAAGCAUUAUAUGAAGAAAAUGUAGUCUAUUUCAGAAGAACAGAAUAGCAUACUCUGAGUUGUCCUUAUGUUAGGUCCUGACCUGGCUAUGCCAAAUGGCUGUGGGCUACACUAGUUCAUUUAGCAGACAAGAUUUGCUUAGAAUUCCGUGGCAUUAUUUUAUAGUAUGAAGAAUACAAUUGAACAAAGCUGAAUAAAAUAGAAAGGAUAUUUUCUCCAAACGAUUUGAGUGAGUGCGCACAUACGGCUAUUCUGUGUUAAUUUAGAGUUAUUCAUGUAACUUUAGUUGUUCUACAAACGUUGGGCUAUAUGUUUAGAUUUUUAAUACAUUGUAAGGCUGCAUGAUGCGACUCUAAUGAUUAUUUGAAAAAAGUCGCUUGAAAGGCAUGAGCUCUGCUUUGUUUUUUGCACAGGCUGUACACACUACAUCAGUCACUCAUUCACAAUUUGACAAGCACUUGAUGAUGCCUAGAAUUUCACGGCGGCAUCCCCUUUGUGUGGCCGUAAUGCACCUUAAACAAAUCCAUGCCUUUUGCAGCCCGUGGCCGUUGUGCACUUCUCCCUGAGUGCGGAGCGCGCCGAAUCACCUCUCACUCACAUGGCUCUCCAUCACGUGAUCGGGUCUUUCUCACAGGCUACAAAUGAAGACAGACACAUCGGGGACGCAACUGCGCGCGUCCAUAUCCAAUUCCGAGGUGCAUAUUGAAGACAUUAGAAGAACUGUCCACAUUUACUUUUCGUCAGCCAACAAGAUGGUUAGGCCUAAUGAACAGCAAAAGCACUAGCCUAUGUCAAUCUACUAUCCCCCAUAGUACAAAAGUCGACCUAUUCUAUUCUGUGCGAGAAAUAAAUAUUCCAAACAUAGUCUGGGACAGUUGUGGGAUGCGAUAGAUCCCAAAUUAAUACAACCACUAGCGUCAAAAAACCUUUUUUACGCAAUGUGGCUGACGCAACAGAUCAGAACGUUUAGCUUAAAAUUUUGAUAAACAAUUAGGCUAUUUCUUGACAUUAUAAGCGCAACAAUGCGCACAUGUGUCACGUUCGUUGAAGGACGGGUCAGACCAAGGCGCAGCGUGAAAUGCGUACAUGUUUAUUUAAACUAUAAACACACGAACAAAACAACCAACAAACGAAACGUGAAGUCCUAAGGCAAAACACAAAACAAGCCUCCACACGGAACAAGAUCCCACAACUAACUAGUGCCAAUAGGCUGCCUAAGUAUGAUCCCCAAUCAGAGACAACGAGCGACAGCUGUCUCUGAUUGGGAAUCACACCCGGCCAAACACAGAACUACAACACCUAGACUGAAACAUAGAAAACACACCAUAGAACACCACACCCUGACUCAACAUAUAAGAGUCCCUUGGUGCGAGGAGCAGGAACGGGCCGGGCCGGACUGGCGACACGCACCACUGGCUUGGUGCGAGGAGCAGGAACAGGCCGGGCCGGACUGGCGACACGCACCACUGGCUUGGUGCGAGGAGCAGGAACGGGCCGGGCCGGACUGGGAACACGCACCACUGGCCUGGUGCGAGGAGCAGGAACGGGCCGGGCCGGACUGGGAACACGCACCACUGGCUUGCUGCGGGGAGCAGGAACGGGUCGUACCGGGCUGGCGAUACGCACCACUGGCUUGAUGCGGGGAGCAGGAACGGGCCGGACCGGGAACACGCACCACUGGCUUGGUGCGAGGAACAGGAACGGGCUGGACCGGACUGUGGAGGCGGACUGGAGGUCUGGAGCGGAGAGCUGGCACAACCCGUCCUGGCUGCCCACUUUCACACGACACGUGCAGGGCGCUGGCACAGAACGCACUGGGCUGUGCAUGCGCACUGGCGAUACAGUGCGUUUCUCCGCAUACCUGGGUUCCUCUUUUAACCCCCGCUCCUUAUAUUGCCUAACCAGCUCCUCUCUCCGUGCCUCUACUUCCUCCUUCUCCCUACGAGCCUCCUGCAGUGCCUCCUCUUGAAUGGAUCUCUCCCGCUCUAUUCUAGGGAGCCCCCACGAGUUAGGGAACAGACACUCAUCGUCGUCGUCAUCCUCCGGCUCUUCUCUCUCGCUCCCCGACCACUCCUUUAGCCCCCCCCAAUUGUUUUUAUUGGGGCUGCCACUCAGGCUUCCUCCUCGGCCGGCGCCUUCUGUGUUGCCGUUGCUCCUCUCCUGCCUGGGCUUCCUUCUUCGCCCAGGGUCCUUUUCCCGCAAAUAUCUCCUCCCAAGACCAAAUCUUCCCCACCUGUGUCCAGGGUGUUUGCUCCUGGGCACGCUGCUUGGUCCGUGUGUGGUGGGAUCUUCUGUCACGUUCGUUGAAGGACGGGUCAGACCAAGGCGCAGCAUGAAAUGCGUACAUGUUUAUUUAACUGAUAAACACACAACAAAACAACCAACAAACGAAACGUGAAGUACUAAGGCUAAACACAAUACAAGCCUCAAACCGGAACAAGAUCCCACAACUAACGAGUGCCAAUAGGCUGCCUAAGUAUGAUCCCCAAUCAGAGACAACGAGCGACAGCUGAAUGGAAUCUACUGGCCAAGUAUUUCAAUUUCUAUCAGGGGAUUUUCAAUCGAAUAGGUGGUAAGUUUCAGCAUCUGGCAUGCUUCUGUUUCCACCUCAUCCUAUGUUCUUUGCCCACCAAAGGGAUUUCCAACCCUUACAUCUUCAUGUGGUCCUCGCCAUUCACCCUGGUCAUCUCCAUCACCAGGACAGUCCCUUGCAAAAUGUCCUGUCUUGCCACAGUUGUAGCAGCUCCGGUCUCUCCCUCCAGAGGCGCCUUGCGCUCCUCGCCCUCUGCCUCUUCCCGUUCCUCUACCUCCUCUCGGCCUCGUAGAUGAUGUGUUUUCUCCCGGGAAGCCCACAGUGAGUGUCUGGUCUGGGCGGGUCCUCGUCAUCUUUGGUCAGAUGAGAAUUUCCCUUGCAUGCCUUCACAUGGAAUGCGCCACCGGUGUUCCCUCACAAACCCUCACUGCCGAGCUCCACAGGUAGAAUCAAUCAUCCUGUUUAGUGACGCCAAAUUGUCGUGGGAAUUACCACUAAGGACUCAAAGUCAAAGUUAAAUGAACAGAUCUUUAUUAUCACAGCCGGAGAGGUUACAACAAACUUACUAAGUACAAGUCUGUCAGAAGCUCUGAUGGGAUGCUCUCCCUUCAGUACUCUUUAUACUCAUGCACAAACUAGGCAUCUCUGCUCUCAGGGUGCAAUAAGCUGAUCAUGACCUUGCACACACAGUGUCUAGACGUUGGGCCAAAGUAACAAAGUGUUCCCUUCUUUCUGUUCUUCUUCUAUCAGUCCCUUCCCUGAGAGCAGUCACAGAACAUCCUAACACAAUAAUCAGGACUCAACAUGUUAAAUGUAGUCACGCAUUUGCAGCGACACAGCGGACACAAAAACGUUACACUACACUAUACUUCCCUCCCUCCUCUCUCUCUCUCUCUCUCUCUCUCUCUCUCUCUCUCUCUCUCUCUCUAGCUCUCUCUCUCUCUCUCUCUCUCUCUCUCUCUCGCUCUCUCUCUCUCUCUCUCUCUCUCUCUCUCUCUCUCUUCUUCACUCACUCAUUCACCCACGCGUCCCCCAGGGCCUACGUCAAAUGCCUGGGAUAAACAGUUUACGCACAAGCCCGUUCCACGAGCCACUUUGUUUGUAAAUACACCAAGAAGAAUGUUGAAUGACACAUAAGAGGCAUUUAAUGAAAGGAAAGAGCAGUGCCACCCAUGCUUAUUUGAGCCUCCCUCUCACACAAACACUAAGCUUCUAGGCUGCCCUUCCACGCCUACACACUUUAGAAGGCUUUUUAUUUAUAGAGAUGUUUGAGUUGGUCAUUUAAACACUCAGCAUCCUAAUGUGAAGCAGAUGAUGUAGCCAUGACUUAUUAUUGCAUGAGAGAAGUUUAUACUAGUAAUGGCCCACACUGUGAACAAUAAUCAGGUGGGUGAGCGGUGGAACACAGGAAGUGUACCUGUUGACCUUAAGUGGGAGGACACCAGCUUGAGUUGGGUAGUCCUACAUCGAUAGGAAAUGAAUCCUAACCAUCACUUAAGGCAACAUCAAUCAAUGUAAUGACCACUCGUUGACAUGGUUUCCGAUGCGUAAUUGCUACCUAAAUUAGCAAGCUCCCUCUGUUUGGUAUACCACCUAGUCUCGGAAAUCCGAGACCUAUGGUAACAUGUCGGAACAUUGUUACAUUGUGGGAGGCAACCUGUCUGACUAGGGUGACUACUACUACCCUCACCUACCCACUCUCUCUCCCUCAGGGCAGGGUACCUCACACAUUUCGAAGGGGAGCAGAAAAGCAACAGAACAGACCCCAUUGACGUUUACGAGGAGUACCGGAAGUUUGACAACCUCCUGACCAAAAUGGCCAGGACCACACUAAAACCAGGUGACUACAUGAAACAUGGUCCCUGAAAGAAACAUAAUGAACUACAAGGUUUUAAACCUGUGUAAAAUUACAGUGGCAGCUGGAUGUGGGAGUUGAUAAAAAUAGUAAUUGUGUCCGAUCUUAGGGCUCAAUUAAUUUUGAAUGUGGUAUUAUAGUUUGAAUGUUUUACCCUGAUGUAUUAAACAGACUAAAUAGAGGGAUAAUUCAAUCUGUAUUAUUAUCACAUUAUAUGACUCAGCUUUUUGUAUCAUUGAGUCGUCUGGCUAUUUGUGAUAUUGUCAUAUUUGUCAUUGUAUGGACUCACUAUGGUGACCACAUCAGUGAUUGGACUUCAGGUUUGAUUCUCGGUUACCAUGGUGCGGUCACUGCAGUGAAUUACUUUAUGUUUGAAUCCCAUUUCCGACUCACACUGGCUUAUUACUCAUGGUCCCUAUGUCGUCUCCUCUCACUCUCACACCUGUUUCAUACAGGCUCUAUCUGAUGUCACCUGACACACCUAUGUAUUCUCUCACUGUCACCUGUCCUUUUCACUCCCUUAUCUCUGAUUUUACUCCUCUCUCACUAUACAUACUGUAUAUGUUUUUACCUCCAGGCUUACUACCACAUAUCUCCUGUUUCUGAUAGCAUCUGCCCCACCUGUGUCACUAUUGUCACCUUUUUCCAUUCAUAUGGCAUGUGGAUCUCAGUGAUGUUGCAUGUCACACCGAUGACUCACUCAUUGCUUAAUUUAUGUCAUGCUCAUGUUUCAUACCUCUUCCACCUGUAUUAAUAUGAUUACAUCUAUGGGUGGAGUUACAUUAGUAAAAUACAGUGCUUUUGGAAAGUAUUCAGACCCCUUGACUUUUUCCCCAUUUUGUUACAUUACAGCCUUAUUCUAAAAUUGAUUAAAUUGUUUUGUUUCCCCCUCAUCAAUCUACACACAAUACCCCAUAAUGACAAAGCAAAAACAGGUUUUUAGAAAUGUUUGCAAAAUUAUUAAAAAUAAAAAACUUAAAUAUCACAUUUACAUAAGUAUUCAGACCCUUUACUCAGUACUUUGUUGAAGCACCUUUGGCAGCAAUUACAGCUUAGAGUCGUCUUGGGUAUGACGCUACAAGCUUGGCACACCUGUAUUUGGGGAGUUUCUCCCAUUCUUCUCUGCGGAUCCUCUCAAGCUCUGUCAGGUUGGAUGGGGAGCGUCGCUGCACAGCUAUUUUAAGGACUCUCUAGAGAUGUUCGAUCGGGUUCAAGUCCGUGCUCUGGCUGGGCCACUCAAAGACAUUCAGAGACUUGUCCCGAAGCCACUCCUGCGUUUUGUCUUGGCUGUGUGCUUAGGGUCGUUGUCCUGUUGAAAGGUGAACCUUCGCCCCAGUCUGAGGUCCUGAGCGCUCUGGAGCAGGUUUUCAUCAAGGAUCUCUCUGUACUUUGCUCCGUUCAUCUUUCCCUCAAUCCUGACUAGUCUCCCAGUCCAUGCAGCUGAAAACCAUACCCACAGCAUGAUGCUGCCUCCACCAUGCUUCACCGUAGGGAUGGUGUCAGUUUUCCUCCAGAUGUGAUGCUUGGCAUUCAGACCAAAGACUUCAAUCUUAGUUUCAUCAGACUAGCGAAUCUUGUUUCUCGUGGUCUGAGUCCUUUAGGUGCCUUUUGGCAAACUCCAAGCAGGCUGUCAUGUGCCUUUUACUGAGGAGUGGCUUCCGUCUGGCCACUCUACCAUAAAGGCCUGAUUGAUGGAGUGCUGUAGAGAUGGUUGUCCUUCUGGAAGAUUCUUCCAUCUCCACAGAGGAACUCUGUCAGCGUGACCAUCGGGUUCUUGGUCACCUCCCUGACCAAGGCCCUUCUCCCCCGAUUGCUCAGUUUGGCCGGGCGGCCAGCUCUAGGAAGAGUCUUGGUGGUUCCAAACUUCUUCCAUUUAAGAAUGAUGGAGGCCACUGUGUUCUUGGGGACCUUCAAUGCUACAGACAUUUUUUGGUACCCUUCCCCAGAUCUGUGCCUCAACACAAUCCUGUCCUUUUUACUGAAGAGCAACAAAUAUAACGUUUUGGAAUGGCCUAGUCAAAGUCCAGACCUAAACCCGAUUGAGAUGUUGUGGCAGGACCUGAAACAAGCAGUUCAUGCUCGAAACCCCACAAAUGUCUCUGAUUUAAAGCAGUUCUGCAUGGAAGAGUGGGCCAAAAUUCCUCCACAGCAAUGUGAGAGACUGAUCAACAACUACAGGAACCGUUUGGUUGCAGUCAUUGCAGCUAAAGGUGGCACAACUAGUUAUUGAGUGUAAGGGGGCAACUACUGUGUAAGGGUGUUGCAUAACUUUGUUUAUUAAAUAAAUGAAAUAAGUUUCCAAAUGUUGUGUUAUUUGUUCACUCAGGUUCCUUUUUAUUUAAUAUUCGGUUUUGGUUGAAGAUCAGUAUCAAAACAUUCAGUAUCAAAAAUAUGUAAAAAUAGAGAAAAUCAGAAAGGGGGCAAAUACUAUUUCACGGCACUAAUCACAUUAACUCUGUUUAACCUGUGUGUUUGUUUGUGUUUACUCUUGACUCACCUUCCUGUGCCUGUGUGUGUUCCUGUCUCUGUGUGUUUUGUGUGGGUGUCUCUCUGCCUGUCUGUCUGUCUGUCUGUCAGAGGAGAAGAGGACUGCCCAGAGUGUGCGGGUGCGUCUGUGGGAGCUGUUGUCCCCGGCGGGGCUGGGUGAAGGCUCGGGGUCCAGCACCUGGCUGAGAGGCUACAGACACCUCCUACAGGAGGAGGGAGCUGACGAGGACACACAGAGGAGAGCCCUGCUGCUGCAGCUCUGGGCCACACAGGUGAGUCACAUUCACUCCCCGAACUCACUUCCCUGUGAGUGUUCUGUCAUUGUUACAGAGCAAGGGCUGCCCAGCAAUUUAUAGCUGUUCUGAACAGGUCUCGUGAACGAUUGGUGAAGAUCCCUGUUGUUCCAUUGCACCCAAAAAUUCCUUUCUAUUCAAUAGCUUUUUGGAGGUGGGCCAACACCUUUCUGGCACACCCUUCUGGCUAGCAGCCAUCUUAAACAUGACAAUGUUCCAAUACAAAGAUUCUCACAUGCCAAUGUCAGAUGCUAGUCUCGAUUGGUUAGGGUUACCCUUUGUAAAAUUCUGCUUCCAACACAGUGUGCCUCUCAAAUUCUGAUUCUACUGUGCCUGUUUGUCAGCCACACCUUUACGCCUUGUUCAACCAUUGUAGAAUACUUUUAUAAUAAGUGAUUAUUCUUGAAAAACUAGAAAUAAUUACGAGCACGUGCAGUGCUUUAAGAUGAAUACUAAUGCUGUAUUCUCAACCACUGGAGUGUAUGGAAAAACCCCAGAACAGUUAGACCUUAUUUUAGAGUUGUUAUGUAAGAGGGCAGAUAUACUAUCCCUAUGUUAGACUACUGCGAGUCCCAGUGGGCUUCAACUACACAUGGCCUCAGUGGGAUUGUCUCAAGCUGUAUUUCUCUUCCGUGCUAGAAUUGUUGUCACAGAGAGACACUACAGUCCGCUCCUCCUGCUCUAAUAAGGACUUCACAACAGAAAGAUGGACAUGAGUGUAAUACUCAUCUUUACCACAAGAGUGCACUUGAGUGUAGCCUCUUUAUGUAGAGAAAAGUGUCCCAAGAUGGCAAAAGUAGGCUGUAAACACAAAGGUGUCUUCAAGUGCAUCUGAACAUAUUCUGAGACUAAGUACAUUCUGAGUACACUCUGCUUAGCAGGGUUGGGGUCAAUUCCAUUUAAAUUCCAGUCAAUUCAGGAGGUAUUGUCUUCAAUGCUUUUCAAUGAGGAACAUUUGGAAUUGGAAUUUUGUUUACUUUCUGAAUUGAAAUGGAAUUGACCCCAACCCUGCUGCUUAGACAUAUUACUUCACCCAUUGAGAACUGAUAACUGCCUCAAACAUUUUCCACAGACACAUGAUCAACCAUCAUCAUGCAACUCUUGAUUGCUAUCUUUCAGUUCCCUUUUUUUAAGUUCCCCUAAGAAUUUAGUGAAGAACAUAAGGUGUUACCAACAAUAUCCUCACCAAACCCAGUCUCCUCCUUGUGGUAUUACAUUAUAUUGUAUAAAACUCCUAGAUAGUCUAUUGUGCAGUUUAUUACAUGGCAAACAUUGUUUAGUCUGGAGGCAAUGUAAAUUCAGUGGUCUUUCCAAUCAUGUACAAACACAGAGAGAUGGCCAUGGACAAGCCAGUCUGUCCUCAAACACUCCAUAUUGAGUCUCUCUUUGAUGUCUAAUGGAUUUCCUUCCUGACAGUAGCCAGAACGUGGUUCUCUAUCAUAGAGACACAGGAAAGGAACCAGUGUAAUUCAUUAGGCGUUGUGAUUGAACUGUACAGACAAGUGAUGGUUGCUCCUUGUGUGAACUACAUGACUAUGAGAGAAAAUAAUAAGAGUUGGCAUGUAAUGUUCUCUUCUCCGAUUAGAUAAUUGCUACCUGUACAAUCUCUCUGUGAGAACUAUCAGAGAGGGAACUCACUGUAUCAUUGCCUUCAUGUCAAUCUUUAUUUGUUGCCAGGGUAAUGUUGGACCUGCUGCAUUCUGGCUCUUGGGUUUCCUGUUGACAAAUCCUGAGGCCAUGAGGGCGGUGAGGAAGGAGUUCAGCAAGAUCUCAGAGCAGGACUCAGCACAGUGUCCCCUACUGGACAGGCUACAGCACACGCCUGUGUUUGGUGAGUGUUUCUUGUUUACUGCACAAAGACAAGGAGCUUCAUCCCUAUGGGCACAUGUACCCUAAUGAACAGAGUAUUUCUGUUUAGAAUCAUGAUAGAGAGAGGGAGAGGGAAAUGAGGGUAGGGGAAAAAGAGAUGGAGAGGUGGUGAGAGGGGGAGAGGAAAGUUGAAAAGAGAGAUACAUACAACACACACACACACACAUGCACACUGUUCCCAGGUGAGUGUCCACACAUAGUAUUUGCCUGAGGCCCUAAUGACUAAAAGACCAGGGCAGAUCCACCUGCUCAGACCCUGAAGGAUGCUCUCAAUUAGCUAAUGGCUCCCAUGUCACCAUCAACAGGUGGUCUAACCUCUAGUGCAAAUAAUGACAUUAACCUGAAUAUAGAAACCUGACUUUAGCCCUUUUGAAAGUGUAACUCCUCUGCAGGGAGUCCUCAAAUGAGAAUGACCUUCGUGAAUCUAUUAUGAGGACAUAACCCCUGCAUAACCCCAAGCAUUUCGCUACACCCGCAAUAACAUCUGCAAAAUAUGUGUAUGUGACCAAUAACAUUUUAUUUUAUUUGAUAUGCAUAAUUAGUGUUCAUCCUCUUCUUUUCUUUGUCCUCCCCAUCCCAGACAGUGCCUUAGAGGAGACGCUGAGGCUCAGGGCUGCCCCCUUCAUUACCAGAGAGGUAGUGCAGGCAAAGGCCCUGCACAUGGCUGAUGGGCAGGAGUACAAACUCAGGAGUGGGGACAGAGUGUGUCUGUUCCCAUUCAUUAGCCCUCAGAUGGACCCUGAGAUCCACCAGGAACCACAGGUAUGGAUGUCACUUGUCUCUCACACAUUAACAAAGACAAACUCCCUAAUUAAUGGACAAUUAAAGAUUAGUUUCAAGUCCAUCUGUGCAUGUUCUGUCAAUCCUACAACACUAGUUGUAUUAAUUGUGUAGCACAGGUUGAAGAUAAGGUACAGUAAUAAGCAUUGACGUUUGUUUACAUAAAGAGGAAGCACGCCUACACGGUUUCUAAAGUGCCCCUGGAUUACGGAGGGAGGGAGGGAGGGAGGGAGGGAGGGAGGGAGGGAGGGAGGGAGGGAGGGAGAGAGGGAGGGAGGGAGGUUAAACCCAUAACACUGGACCACUACAGGAUUAGCCGGUACGGCACAGGAACACACACAGAAACACAGCUAAUAGGCGUGGGAAGGGAAUUAGUUACACAGCUUUGUCAUUGCUAUGUCCUUCUCCACCCUACGGUACCAGCCAAUUAGUGGAAUAUGCAGGGAAAUUGAAGUCAAUGAUGGGGUAGUAAUAGAUAUGAUAUGGUUGUGUGUAGCAGGAAGCGUUUGGGAACAGUCAUGUGUGAUCAUCAUUUGUUAGUAUGAGCUGGAUUCACUGCUUUACCUCCCUGUGUUUCCUGUCAUAGAGAUUCAAGUAUGACCGCUUCCUCAACCAGGACGGCUCUGUGAAGAAGGACUUCUUUAAAGGAGGGAGACGGCUCAAGUACUACACCAUGCCAUGGGGCGCGGGCACCAACGGCUGUGUGGGCAAACGCUUUGCUAUCAGUUCCAUCAGACAGUGAGUGUCUCUGAGUGUUCCCUGUGGGUGUUAGGGGAGGGCAGAGGAAGUCAGAGGUCCCCACCUCACCAGAGUCAGGGACAAACUAAAUUAUGGGACAGACAAUUGAUUAGCUCACCUCACAGCAAAUGCCAUUUAGGGAGAUGGAAGGCUUAGCAGCUGUCUGUUUCUACGCAGACUCCUCCAGGUGUCUAUGCAAGAUUGGGCUCCAGUGAGAUGAAUUUCACUGCUAUGCAAAUAGCCCAUUCCAAAGGAAAAUACAAAUGGGGUUUGCAAAAACUGGUAUAUGCAAAUAGAAAAUGUUACAGUUUAGGCAUGUUUGUAAUGUAUUAUGUCAACAACUCAUCUAUUGUGUCUCUCUCUAUGUGUUCAGGUUUGUGUACCUGGUGCUGUCUCAUCUGGAACUGGAGCUGUGUGACCCAGAGGCUCAGAUGCCAGAGGUGAACACCAGUCGCUAUGGGUUUGGAAUGUUGCAGCCUGAAGGAGACCUGGCCAUCAGAUAUAAACGUAGACGGUCACAUUGAAGACACAGAGUGGUGUGGAGAUCUCUUAAAACAGACAUCAAUUUAUGCUCGUUUCAAAGUAUUUAUGACAUAUGUCCAUAUAAAGUCUUGUAUCUAUUUUUGUACCAACACAAAUGUACAGUGUAAUGUUAUUGUGCUAUUUAUCUUGAAUUAUAAUUUAUAUAUUUCACUUUAAAGUGUUUGUUUUUGUUCUUCACUAUUUUGUUUAUACAAUAUAUUGUAUCAAUGAUUAGCUUGACUCCAUAAAACCUGCCCGAAGUGUUUAAAGUGCUUUCCAUUUAAACUCUUGCCCCACCUAAUUACAAAUAUAUAUAUUUUUUAAUGUUCACAACAAUUUGGAGCUUAUCCCAGUGAUUAAAUGGUGUCAUAAAUCCCCUCCAGUCUCAUCACAGUUGUGUCCAUUGCAUCAGGGAACUAUUUGGUAGAUGCUUUGAGAGUAAUGGGGUGGCUGGCCGCUCUUUAAACAGAGCUAACCACACAUUCGUCACACUGACAUUG